AUGAAUCCUUCGUCAUUAGCUCCAGUUAAUGGUCGAGAUGGGCGAAAACGCUUUGGCACAAAUAACCGUGUCAAGCAGGAUACCGGAUUUCUGGAAGGAAUCACCACGCCUUGGUUCGCCCAGUUUGAGGCGGUGGUAGCAAAUCAGAAGUUGGCCGACGAAUCACGAUACAAUUUGGUUGUUGCGAAGCUUAACCGUGAGCAGGUAGAAGAAGUAAGCGAUAUUGUAUUGGCUCCGCCCGACACCAAAAAGUAUGAAGCCUUGAAAAAUCGACUACUUAUCGUGUAUGAGGAGUCAGAGGUUCGGCAGGUUCAAAAGCUUUUGAAAGAAUUAGAAUUGGGAGACCAGAAGCUUUCCCAACUUCUAAGAAGAAUGAGAGACCUUGCUAGAAACAAGUUUGGGGACGAAACUUUGAGUAUGCUAUGGAUGGGACAUUUACCAGCAGCGAUACAGGCAUUUCUCACAGUAAGUGAACUGAAAGAUUUGAAGAAGCUGGCUACUAUGGCAGAUAAAGUUGUCGAAACGACUCGAUUUGCAGAAAUCCAAGAGGUGUCGUGCUCUAGGAACAGUUUACCAGCCACGCAGCCAAGCCUGGUAGAGCAGAUUGCUCAGCUAACGCAGCGUUUGAGCCAGUUGGAAACCUCAAACUCGAGAAACAGAUCGUUUAGUCGUAACGGAUACAAGAAGUUUCGUCGCCCUGCAUCACGAAGCCACGAUCGCACAGGACACGUGAACCGGAGAAACCCAAAUUGGUUGUGCUUUUUCCACUUCCGGUACAAGGGAAAAGCCAGCAAAUGCAUUCAACCUUGUGCAUGGCAGAAGCAGCAGGAGACUGAAGCGGAAAAAAACUAA